GUGAGGAGAAGGCGGAAGGUGGUGGUGGAGGAUGAUGACGAUGAGGAGGACGAUGCCGUGAGCACAGUGCUUGGCGAUGACGAGAAGGAGGAUUUGCAAGGCGGCGUCAUGGGCAUGACUUCCAGCGACGCUGCUUACGCUGCGCUGAGACAGGACGCAUUGGAGCAGCUGGGGCGCAGUCAUGUGGUGGGCGCAGGAGACUGCGGCAGCGGCAGCGAUGCAGACUCGGCAAACGAGGAAGGCAUGCGUGUUCCCGUUGGCAUCACAAAUGCCGGAGACGGGCGACUGGUGGACAUGAGGCCACCCCACGUGCAGCUGGUCGCCUGCGAGCAGGCGUAUGCGGAGCUGGUCGCAAGCAGGAACUUUCGGCACGCUGUGCACACGCUGAUCACGCGCUUGUCGCUGACAAAGCUCGUGUAUGGGCGAGAACACAUCGCCGUGGCCCAGGGUCACAUCACCUUGGGGCGCGCGUACUUUGAGCUCCUCAACUACCCCAAGCAGGCGCUGGACCAUGGACAGCGGGCAAAGGCAAUGCACGCCCACCUCAAGCAACACAGAGCAGAGCACCACCUCCACCGCCACCAGCUGGCAGCGCUGGCGGCAUCCGCCCUCUGCCUGAUGGGCCAGGCGCUCGUGGAGCUCAACAGGGCUGAAGAAGCCGUCAAGGCGCUGCGUCGAAGCCUUCAUCUUACCCAGGCCGUCUCCAAGCAUCGCCUGGAGAAGGACGCAACGGCCAGACCUUCUGCGAGCAAGAAGGGCAAGGCAGCACGACGCGCUAAAUCACCAACUGCAGCCGGGCGUACCAAGUCCACCGCCUCUGCGUCAGCCUCGUCGCUAUCCUCGUCAUCGCGAGCCGCAUCGGCAAAGGCGCCCGCCAAAACAGCUGACGUGGAUAAUCAGGGAACGGCAGCACUGGACCGCGAGGAAGUGCGAGCACGGGUGUAUCUCUGCCGUGCACUGAUGCAGCAGGACAAGACAGCGGACGCAGAAACGGAAGCGUCUGAACUGCAGCACAUCUUGGACACCCGCGCUGUCGCUUCCUCUGAUCCCCCGCUCGCCAUCCUCGCUUACACCGCCCUAGCUGAGAACACUGCCGCAGCAUCGAAGCAAGUCGCCUUCCUUCAGCACGCCUGCGACAUCGCCGAGGAGAGCAAGCAGCCGGUUGACGCGAAGGUGCAGUGCUGGAUUCGAUUGGCUGAGGCGCACGCUGCGCAGGACAACCUUGCUGAGGCCGAAACGCUCUUUGCAAAGGCAUUGGACGUGCUUGCACAUGACUUUGAUGCACACACAAACACAAUUCUGUCCAUCCAGGAAAGUCGUGCGCGUGUGCUGGUGCGGCAGAAUCGGCGACAAGAGGCCAUUGAUUUGCUCUCGGACGUGAAGGAGCGUGUGAUGGCCAAGUUUGGACAGUUCUCACUGCGCACCGCAAACGUCUGCCACUUUCUCGGCAGUCUCUACCUCGCCGUGGGUGACAACGACAGCGCCCUCGCCUGCUUCCAAGAACGACAUGAGGCGCUCCGCCACGCAAAAGGCGCCAACCACGCUCUGACGCAAGAAACGAAGCAGUUGGUCGAGUCCCUCAGUCACGAAGAAAAACCACCACCAAUACGGCCAUAGCAAUCACACACGCACACACACACACGCUCACACACUCACACGCACUCACUCACACUCACUCACAUACUUGUGGAAAAUGUAUGCGAUGGUAACACGACGCUGUACAAAGCACACAGACAGUAGUAAACGACACUCAUACCACCA